GUUCCGCGGCCCUGCACCUUGCUGGCUUUUCUGGCCGUUGAACGGGCGAAUUUCUCGGGAGAGAUGUCUGUCAUUUGCAGCGCGGCGGCACGGCUGUGGUUACCACUCAUCCAGGGAAGUUGAAAGACUGAUACAAUAAGACCCUGAUGCUCUGAUGCCGAUCCAGCAAUUGUUAGCAUUUUGCCAUCUAUACUUUACGGGAGUUUUGACCGAUUCAGUUAAAAAGAUCCGUGGACACCCCCUCAGUGUCUGCUCGCCUUCCGAGCGGGCGUUGUCCAUGUCACUGCCCAAGAAGGCCUCUCUCAACACGCCUGGCACCCCGGUGCUUCAAGACUUCCCUCAGAAUGACGACGAGAAGGAGCGCUUGCAGCGGAGGCGCUCCAGGGUCUUGGACCUGCAGUUCAGCACAGACUCGCCGCGGUUGUUAGCCUCGCCCUCCAGCAGGAGUAUUGAUGUGUCAGCUACAAUCCCUAAGUUUACCAACACGCAGAUUACAGAGCAUUACUCCACCUGUAUCAAGCUGUCCACAGAAAAUAAAAUCACUACCAAGAAUGCUUUCGGCUUGCACCUGAUUGAUUUUAUGUCAGAGAUCCUGAAGCAGAAAGACACCGAGCCAACCAACUUUAAAGUGGCUGCUGGCACCUUGGAUGCCAGCACCAAGAUCUAUGCUGUGCGCGUGGAUGCUGUCCAUGCAGAUGUGUACAGAGUCCUGGGCGGGCUGGGCAAAGACGCGCCGUCUGCUGAGGAAGGAGAGAAGCACGCCACAGAUAGUGGUGCAACCGAAACAGGAACAGCCAGAAAGGCUCCAAAGCCAAAGAAAAAGCAUUCGUACAAGACCAUCGAGCAGAACGUAAGCAACCUCAACGUCUCUGAAGCAGACCGCAAGUGCGAGAUCGAUCCCAUGUUCCAGAAGACAGCGGCCUCGUUUGACGAGUGUAGCACGGCAGGGGUGUUUCUGUCUACCCUCUGCUGCCAUGACUACAGGAGUGAGCUGCUUUUCCCCUCCGAAGCGCACACCCUGUCCCCAGGAGAGCCGCUCCACUUCCCAGAUUUAGGUUGGGUAGAAAUGACAGAUUUAAAAGCUCCCUUGCAGCAGUGUGUGGAAGAUCGCCAGAUCUGCCCUUCCCUGGCCGGCUUCCAGUUCACUAAGUGGGACAGUGAAACCCAUAAUGAGUCUGUGUCGGCCCUGGUGGACAAGUUUAAGAAGAACGAUCAGGUGUUCGACAUCAACGCCGAGGUGGAGGAGAGUGAGUGCGAGGACUUCCCUGAUGGGCCCCCCGAGGACGACUUUGAUGCCAAUGAUGAACCCGACCACAGCGCCGCUGGUGAUCAGACAGAGCUCAGGAGCUGGAAGGAGCCCUGCCAAGUCCAGAGCUGCCAGGAGGAAGUGAUUUCCCUUGGAGAUGGAGACAUUAGGACCAUGUGCCCCCUGCUGUCAAUGAAACCUGGAGAAUAUUCCUAUUUCAGUCCCCGGACCAUGAAGAUGUGGGCUGGCCCAGAUCACUGGCGCUUUAGGCCUCGACCCAAACAAGAUUCUGCCUCUCAGUCAGAGAACAGAAAGAAGAGUACGAAGAAGGAUUUUGAGAUUGACUUUGAAGAUGAUAUUGACUUUGAUGUGUAUUUUCGAAAAACAAAGGCUGCUACUGUUCUGACCAGGUCCACUUUGGAGAGCCAGAACUGCAAGGCUACCACUCUUCCUACAGAUUUCCUCUAUGAGGUUGACACUCUGGUGCAGCUUCAUCUCAAACCAGGCAUCAGGUUGCUUAAGGUGGCCCAGGGCCAGGAGGCAAAGGCUGAGCAUUAUGAAGAACUCGGAGACUAUGAUUACAACAACCCAAACGACACCUCCAACUUCUGCCCUGGGUUACAGGCUGCUGACAGUGAUUAUGAAGAGUCGGACAACUUUGUGGGACCGGGCGGAGACUUUGACCUGACAGCUCAUCCUCAGACGACACAAGAGAAUGGCCACACUCCUGAAGGCCCACGAUUAGACAUCACUACGUACGGGGACUCCAAUCUGCUGGCUGAGCCUCAGAAGGUAAAUAAAAUUGAAAUUCAGUAUGCCAAGACUGCCAAGAAGAUGGACAUGAAGAAGCUGAAGCAGAGCAUGUGGAGUUUGCUGACAGAGAUUUCCAGAACGGAAGCAGACACAAAGGCCAACCACAACGAACCUGGGAAGGAAGAGGCCCCGGCGGAGGUGGCCGGCGAGAAGCUGCUCAGCGGGCUCACCCAGAACCUGCAGAGGAGCCUGCCCCCACUCAUGGCUCAGAACCUCUCCAUUCCCCUGGCCUUUGCCUGCCUCCUGCAUUUAGCCAAUGAAAAGAUUUACUUAUUUGAGAGGCAGAGUUACAGACAGAAAGAGAGAGAAACAGAGAGAGAGGGAGAAACAGAAUCUCAAGCUGGAAGGAACAGAAGAUCUUUCUGACGUUCUUGUGAGGCAAGGAGAGUGAGUCCACUGUGGAGGAGUCGGCAGCAAGAGGCCCAUCGCUUUUCCCGUGGCCAGGGCGUCUUCAUGGGAGGAGGAUGGUGCCAGGGCUGGCAGCCAGGCCGCAGCCAGCAGCAGCACGCACACGGGCCGGGCCCCAUUACCUGCAGCUCCGUCCGUGACGGAUGGAAGUGCCCUGCGCUGGGGUGACCACCUAAAGGGAGGGAAGACUGUACCCUUCUGCGUCUGCAUGGUUUUGUUUCCUGUGUUGAUUUGUCUUAUUUCCCACAUUUGAGUUGAAAAGAUUUUCCAGUAGGUCCUUGAUGUUAGCCCUAAAUAGCUACUUAAUCCAUGUACAGAAAAUUCAUCAUAUGUACACUUACAGAUGUAUAUAAAAUGCUUAAAAAUACAGUCAUUCUGAGAAAUA